UCUCUCUAUUUCUCUAUACAUCAAUUUAUCUUACUUGGUAUCAGAGCUAGGUUAAGAACCUAGUAUUUUCGUUCCACCGGCGGGCGGCAAUCUCGUCUUGGCCGCCCGCCAGACAAACCCAAAUUUCCUUAAUUUCUUCUUUCAUGGCAGAUUCUUCAACAACUCACCAUGAUGGAUUCAUUCACCAAAUUUUAACAGCCAAAGCAAACAGAGAGUUUCAAAUUUCAAUCAUGGAAGUCCCUUCUAGGCUUGUGUUCCUCUUGGUCUCUCUUCUGAGUCUAGUCUUCUCACUUUCUGACUCUGCAACAGUAGUAGUAGAUGGAGUUUCAGAAUGGAAAAACCCAACUGUUCAUAUUGGGGAUUCUAUCAUUUUCAAGCACAAGUAUGAUUACAAGCUUUACAUUUUUCAGAACAGAGGAGCCUUCAAUCUCUGCAACUUUACUCAAGCUUCACUUCUUACCAAACCCAAUUCCAACUCCUUCACUUGGCAUCCAUCAAGAACUGGUAUCUUCUACUUCUCCUUCAACAAUGGCACUCUCAAAUCAUGUCAAUCAGCUCAAAAGCUCGCCAUAACAGUAUCUCUAUCACCACCACAAAACUCCGCCACCUCACCGGAACUAUCUCCGGCAGCCUCUCCAGCACCGAGUUCAGGCGGCAUUGUAUCAUCAUCUCCAGCAUACCCAUGGCCAUUCCAGCCUCGGGAAUCGAUGUCGCCAAGCCCGGCUCCGACCGCAAUACUCCCAGCAGCGAGCCCAGACAAAGGAGAUGGCAUACCAUUUAUAAACAGUAACCCGGCGGUGCCAUUGCCAACCGGUGAAGUAGACUCUGCUACAAUACGCCCUUUGCCCACAUCUUCUGUCCAUGGAGCACAGGUGGUGGGCUUGCUUGCACUUCAAAUGAACGGGUGAUACUCCAAGUGACAACCAGUACAUGUUUCCGCCUAGCACGCCUCACAUGCAAACGGCCAACAAGUCGCCCCCGGUUCCGCUACCCUGUAAACUGAAGGGCAGUCGGGAGAUGGGCCCAACUUGUAUUUACCACCACUAGAUGCCACAAAUGCCCCCAGAGAAGCCCUGCAGAGUUCUUCCAACUUUUCACAAGAUAACAGAAACCUCAAAUCCAUGAGCAAGAUGUGCUCACCACACAUCUCACGGGCACAACCAAGGGGGAACCCAUCACGGCUUUUAAUUGCAGAUUCUAGUUGUUCAACCAAGCACGAUUGACAGAACUCAUGUCCAC